AUGACUUAUGCUAUAUGUGAAUCGGACGCCAGAGCCCCAUCGUUUGAUCCUGAAGCGUUGGAAAGAGGAGCGAAAGCUUUGAGGGAAAUCAAUGCCUCCCCAAAUGCGAAGAAGGUCAUCGAGCUGUCUAGGCAGCAGGAAGUCACAAAACAACAGGAGUUCAAAUCAAAGGAGGCUCAGUAUCAGGCUGCCGCUCAGCAGGCUGCGAUCGAGCGUGAGAAGGUGCACUGGGAGGAGCAGCGGAAGUCUAUGCAGGCAGACCAGUACAACAAGGCGGAGCUUGCCAGGUAUGAGGAUGAGCUAGCGAGGAAGCGCGCAGAGGCGGAGCAUGAGAAGCAGCGAGUGAGGCAGGUGGAGUUGGUGCAGCUGCAAGAGGAGAGCGUGGCCAAGCAGGAGGCCAAGAAGUACGAGAUCCAGAAGCAGAUCGAGGCCGAACGCCGCGCCACCGAGCAGUACCGGGCGGAGCUAGAGAAGAAGGUGCAGCGGGAGAAAGCACUGGCGGAGGCGGAGGGCCGGGCAAGAGAGGCGCGCGAGAACGAGGAUGUGAACCGGCGCGCGCUCACACUGCGGCUGGAGGAGGAGCGCAAGAAGCUGGUGGAAGCCAUCAACACGACCUUUGGGCACUUGGGCGCCGGGGUGACCUCUUUGUUAACGGAUGUGGACCGGAUGACCACGCUCAUCGCCGGGCUGUCGAUUCUGGCGCUCGGCGUGUACAGCGCACGCGAGUCAACCCGGGUGGGCGGCAAAGCCAUCGACAGGUGGCUGGGGACGCCGAAGCUGGUGCGUGAGACGUCGCGGCGGCACUGGUGGAACCGCGCGGCGGGCGGCGGAGGCGGGAGCAUGGAGAAGGCGACAGAGGCGGUGAAGCGCGACUUCAGCGAUAUCGUGCUGCCGGGCGGCCUGCAGGACCAUGUGCGCGCGCUCGCGGCCGUCACCGCCAAUACGCGCGCACACGGCGCCCCCUUCCGCCACAUGCUCUUCUACGGGCCCCCCGGCACGGGCAAGAGCAUGGCGGCAAAGCGGCUGGCGCGGACGGCCGGGCUGGACUAUGCGAUCAUGAGCGGCGGUGACGUGGCGCCCCUGGGCGGCAAGGCGGUGCAGCAGCUGCACGAGAUGUUUGACUGGGCCGAGAGCUCGCGCCGCGGUCUCCUGCUCUUCAUCGACGAGGCCGACGCCUUCCUCGGCCGUCGCGGCAACCAGAUGAGCGAGGGCCUUCGGGCGGCGCUGAACGCUGCGCUGUUCCGGACGGGGGACCAGUCGCGCGAUUUCGCGGUGGUGCUGGCGACCAACCGGCCGGCCGACCUGGACCCGGCCGUGCUGGACCGCAUGGACGAGGCGCUGGAGUUCCCUCUGCCCGGCCCGGCCGAGCGCGCACGCAUCCUCGACAUCUACCUCAACUCCUACAUCGCCAAGGCCGGCUCCGACGAAGGCGCGCGCCCUGCGGCUCUUGUGGCGUUCCUGCGCGGACGCUCAGUGCGGCCGGAUGCAAUCCAAUUGAAGGGGAUCACGCCCGAGCUGGUGCAGGAGGCGGCAGCCACCACCGAGGGCUUCUCCGGCCGCGAGCUUGCCAAGCUUGUAGCCAGCAUGCAGGCGUCUGUGUACGGGAGCAGAGAGGCGGCACUGACGCCCGAGAUAUUCAGGAAGGUGCUGCAGAUGAAGCUGCGCGAGCACGAGCAGCGGCUGCAGUUUGAGCAGCAGGCUGGCGAGGAACAGACACAACAGCCAAGCCAGUGA